AUGACUCUUAAUCGUCCAAAACCAAGUGCUAGUCCAUCAGAUGAUUCAGCUGUUGGUGAUAUGAAUAGUAAUGGAACAAGUACAACAAGUAGUAGUAAUGGUGAAGCGUUAUGUCCGGAAACUACUUCAACGACAACAACAGAAAGUUUAACUGAAUCAUAUACAAAACUAGCACUAACUAAACGACAAACAUCUCUUGUCAUAGAAUCUACCGCCGAUUCAAAUGAUCCAGGGAAAAUGUUUAUCGGUGGCCUCAGUCCUACUACAACAUCUGAGGGUUUACGGGACUAUUUUCAAAAAUAUGGUGAGCUUAGGGAAUAUAUGAUUAUGCGUGAUCCUCUUACAAAAAGAUCAAGAGGUUUUGGAUUUAUUACAUUUUCUGAUCCAGUAUGUGUGGAAAAAGUCCUUGAAACAGCUCCACAUAUUUUGGACUAUAAAAAGAUUGAUCCAAAACUUGCUGUUCCUCGUAAAUCUGGUCAAAAUACAAAAGUAUCUACAAAAACUAAACGUGUAUUCAUCGGUGGAGUUGCAACACAAACAACAAAUGAAGAAUUAAGUGAAUACUUUAGUCAAUUUGGCAAGCUAGAAUCAUGUGAAUUAAUGAUGGACAAGUCAACUAAUCGACAUAGAGGCUUUGGAUUUGUUACUUUCGAAUCAGAAGAAUCAGCUGAAAAAGUUUGUGAAAUUCAUUUCCAUGAUUUGCAUAAUAAAAUGGUUGAAGCUAAAAAGGCCGUUCCAAAAGAAGUGAUGAGUACAAAUAAUUCCUUGAUUAAGCAACGGCAUCAGUUUAUUCGUGCUCCAAUUUCACAUUUUCUUCCUGCUCAGUUGAAUGGAGCUGCAGCGGCGGCUGCAGCAGCAGCUGCUGCUUCAUAUACAUUAACAGCAACAUCACCAAUUACAGCACGUCAACCAAGUGCCUAUGCUUACUUACCUGGAUAUUAUCUAUCUCCAGGAAAUUCAAUGUUCUAUAGUCCAUCAACAGGUGUUAUGGUUAAUCCACAUACUGGACUACUACCAUCUACAUUAGAUCCUAAUCAAAUGAGAAAUCAAGAUUCACAAACUAUCAGUUAUGAUAUACUCAAUUCAUCAUCGAAUUUAUUAUCUCUGUUAACUCAUUCAUUACAACCUAUUCAAUCAACCACAUUCGUAACUUCUAAUCCGCGUAUCCCAAUCAUUACGAAUACAACUGAUAAUAAUAACGAUAAGAACAAUCAUUUAAAUAUGUAUAAUAAUACUAACAGUAACUGCAGCAGUAUUAACAAUAGUUGUAAUCAGUCAACAGCACAAAAUAAAGAACAACAGGUAGCAGAAUCUAUUAAUACUAAUCGUGCCAAUAAAUUACAGUUUUUAUUGAAUUCUGUGACCAUAAAUUCAAUAUUACAAAACGGAGAAACUACUAAUCAUAGUCCUUUGAUUAAUUCUGCAACUCACUCCUUACAAACAGAUAUCACAGGAGCAGAAAAUGAUCAAGUUGAAAUUAGUCAGCAUUCUCAUUCUCUUACUAAUCAUCUUUCUCAUUCAUACUCAACUUAUAGUCAACAUAAUCAACCACAAUUACAAAUAUUCGGUCCAUCAACAGUCCCAUCGGUUCAACAAUCAUCAAUUACUGGAAUAAAUUAUCAUCCAUCAACCGUAUCUGAGAAUCUUGUUACAAAUGGUCAAGCACAUUAUUUUAUUACAGGUGCAUCAAAUGGAACAAAUCCUAGUCAUACAACAAUAUUUGCUAAUCAUAUACAAACCUCACCAGUUACAUUGAUUCCAGAAAUUGAUUAUAAUACUUGUUCAAUUAUACAUACAUAUAGAAAUGGAUAA